GACUUAUCUCUGCCAGUCCCAUUAGCAAGUGGGACACAGCUCUUCACUGGAGCUCUGUGCAGAGGACAUCUCUUUCCCAGGACUGGCAAGGACUUAGCCGGAGUUGAAGAGUAGAUAGCGGGAGCCAUGAACAUUGUCUUGCAUCUCCUCCUUCUUCUGAUCACCAUCAUCUACUCCUAUUUGGAGGCGCUGGUGAAGUUUUUCAUUCCCCAAAGGAGAAAAUCUGUGGCUGGGGAGAUAGUUCUCAUUACUGGAGCUGGACAUGGGAUAGGCAAGCUGACUGCCUAUGAAUUUGCAAAACAGAAAAGCAGACUGGUUCUGUGGGAUAUUAAUAAGCACAGCGUUGAGGAAACUGCAGCUCAAUGCCGAGAACUAGGGGCCACCACGCAUGCGUUUGUGGUAGACUGCAGUAACAGAGAAGAGAUUUACAGCUCCGUAAACCAGGUGAAGAAAGAAGUGGGUGAUGUAACCAUCAUAGUGAAUAAUGCUGGGACAAUAUAUCCAGCUGAUCUUCUCAGUACCAAGGAUGAAGAGAUUACCAAAACAUUUGAGAUCAACAUCCUCGCACAUUUUUGGAUCACAAAAGCACUUCUUCCACCAAUGAUGGAGAGAAAUCACGGCCACAUUGUCACAGUGGCUUCAGUGUGUGGCCAUGGAGUGAUUGCUUAUCUCAUCCCAUAUUGUUCCAGCAAAUUUGCUGCUGUUGGCUUUCACAGAGCCCUGACAUCAGAGCUUGAAACCUUGGGAAAAACUGGUAUCAAAACUUCGUGUGUCUGCCCAGUUUUUGUGAAUACUGGGUUCACCAAAAACCCAAGCACAAGACUGUGGCCUGUACUGGAGACAGAUGCAGUUGCAAGAAACCUGAUAGAUGGAAUACUUACCAACAAGAAAAUGAUUUUUGUUCCAUCAUAUAUCAAUCUCUAUCUAACACUAGAUAGAUUUCUUCCUGAACGUGCCUUGGCAGCUAUAAAGGAUAUACAGGAUAUUCAGUUUGAAGCAGUGGUUAGCCACAAAACCAAAAUGAAAUGAAUAAAUGAGCUCGAGCCAGAGAUGUAUGUACCAUAACGAUGUGGAUCUAAGUUGAGAAUCAAUGUUCCAAAGCUUUCUUUCACAUUUUUCAGUGCUGCUAGUAUUAAAAAUACUGGUUUGGCAUUAGCCACAGUUGAAUGAAUGAGAUUAAUUACCUUGUCUUUCCAUUUUCUCAAGAAAAUUAAGGUAGAUUAAUAGUCAAAUCCAUUUUUAUUCUGCCUCUUAAAAACACCUAUGCUUACACAAACUCAUUUAAACUGUCAUAUUUUCUUUAAGAUAUUUUAUUUCAAUUCUUUCUGUUUAAAAGUAGACAACGGGUACCUCCCUGAGAGUAAACACAAAGAUUAUUUGCACAGGGAACAUUUGAAAGUUUUUCAAAGUAUCUUUCCAACCCAUAGCCAAGCCACAGAACAUCAGCAAGUACAUAGUGUGAGAUGGCAGUUAAAGAUCAAGAUUAAACAGGCAGCUGUGUUCCCAAGGACACAGGUUACUUCUAGGUUAGUGAGAUUCUGAGUUGAGAAGCUUUCUCCAGCCUCUUCCUUCUUCAUUAAUCCAAACUAAAGCCACUCUAUUCUGCACUUAAUUACCUGAUUCUGUCCCUUGUAAGUCUUAUGUCCACCAAAAAUGGACCCUUAUGUGCCUCCUCUUUUUAAUAUCUCUUUAAAAAAACUAUUACAUUAGAAAAGGUGACUCUAUCUUGAAUCUCGGAGUAUUCAAAAUUUAACCCCAUGAUUACCUCUCUUUUUUUUUUAAAUAGUUUGUGUUGUCACAUGUUGUUGGUUCCCGAGAUGUUUAGACAGUUUUGAGGUUCAGAAAUUAAAGCUAACACAGGAAAAGACCAAGGCAGCUUAACACCUGUCAGAGGAGUCACUGGAGAGAGGAACGAAAAAAAGAGAAAAAUCUGGGGCUUGUUUUUUUUCUUUCUUUGAUAGAAAAAACAAUCUUUCUCCUACUAAAUUUGGUUUGUAUAUUUUGCAUAUAUACUAUAGAAUAUUCUUGCAUUGAUUAUCUGCUUGUUCUUAUUAAAAACAAAUGAUAAAACAAAUGACUAAAAGCAAAUAAUUAAUGAAAACAAUUUAUUUAAAACUAAACGAUAAGUAUAUUGGUAUUCUUUUUAAAAAAUAACCUCUGUAAUUAUAAAAUUAAAAGUUUUGAUUUCUAAUCUAUGAAUCUCCAUGAGUCUCUUUCAGGAAUCAAGGAUUCAGAUGAUACAUUUCAAUCUUGCAGAUUAAACAAGAUUUGGGGUUCUCUAGGCUCUGGUUUCUUUGACUAUGAAAGUAUAGGUUUCUCAGCUGAAACUGACCAAGCUGUUUCUUUGUGUUGCCCUGAGCAGGGUACUAGUGUGUUGAGAUCUUUUUCUAGUUACUUGGCAAUAAUUUUUCCUGCAUGAUAUUUCUUUAAUUUCUUGCCUUAAGAAUUUUUUAAGUGAAACCUUAAAAUGUAUUCUUUUAAAUGUGUGGCUACAGAAAUUAAAAACAGAAAUAUAUAAAGUGGCAAAUGUAAGCCUACUCCCCACAAUUCCAUUCCCCAGAUGUCAGCAUGUUAGUGUAUAAUCCUCUGGUCUUUUUAAAUACAUAAUAAAAGCUUAUGUAUAACAAAUGCAAA